GGUAUAUUUUUUUCAAAAACAGCCUACACUAUUGGAUAUAGUUUGAAUACAGUUUUAUUGUGAUGUUAUUGGAGCUGUAUCUUCUAAAAUACUACAAUUAAUUAUCUCUGGCAUUGGAGUAAUGAGUACUUUCAAAUGGUUUGUUCCUGGUAGUACUUUAAAAUUAUUUCCACAUCAAACUUUGCAUUUGUACUUAGCAUUUAUUUUUAAUAAUAUUUUUUCUAUUUGCAUAUGAAAAAUAUAUAUUUUACUUAAUCCUCAUUGGACCCCUCUGAGGUGUUUUAUUUAACAACCUAUCCUUUUUUUUAAUGGAUGGGAAAAUUAACUGUCAAAGAGGUUAACUGAUUUUCUCAGUUACAAAGUGUAAAAGCUAGGACUGGAACCCAAGAUUCAAAUCUUAUUCUUUCAACACUGACAUCACAUUUGGUGAACAGGACCUAAAUAGUGCUUUUGUUUGUUUGUUUCUUUCUUUUUGUUUUUUGUUUUUUUUUUUAAUUUGAUUUUCAUACUGAAGCAACUUGCCCAGGUGGUGUGAGGGUGAUAUUUUGGAGUUGCUAUGUCAAAAUGGUGCUUAAGAGUGAAAGUGAACUUGAUGAGAAGUCUUAGAGGCAAAUUUUUGCCUGGCCUUAUUCUGAAGGUGAGGACAAUCAUUAUUUCAAAAAUGCUUGAUGCUAACACAAAAUGUCCAAAUUAAUUUUGAAUCAAUGAGCUAAGCUUCCUCAAUAAAGAUUGUAUUGUUUCCAACUAGGUGUUGGGGGUGUUUGGGUCACAUAGUUAGGGGUAGAAAUGAGUAGAAAUGGAGGAAUCAGAAAUGACAGAACAUGAAGAGUCAGCAGUCAUGGGGAAAGCAUGAUAUAUUUUAGAGUCAGUUUUGUGGGGUCUAACGCUAGUACAAACCUUCAUUGCAGGUAUGUGUUCCUCAGCAAGAGGGAUUUGAAAUUGCUGAGAAAGUGUGAGGGGAAAUUUUUGGAGACUAAAAUUUGUGAAGAAAGUUUAGAGUCAGAACUGUUGAGUAUAAAGAUAUUAUACAUAUUGGGUAGGUCCAAUAGGUUUAUUCUUUCCUGUUAAUUUUUAUCAUAAAAAUAAAAUCAGGAAAUUAACAUAAAGCUCUUACAAUUUACUGAGAGCCUAGGAAAAAACCAGGUAAGUGUGACAGGCAUUUUGAAAUACAUUAUCUCUUUUAAGCCAUAUAGGGAUCCUAUAGCAUUAUUACCAUUUUACAAAACCGGAAAUCAUGGUUCAGAGACGUUAACUAGAUUGGUUAAGAAUUCUUAGAACAUAAAGUACAUUUAUGAAUACUUAAUUAUAUAUACUUCAUUACUGUUGGAAAGAGUUACUGUUAGCUUUUAUUUCAUGGCAGUCUCUUCAAUUAAUCUAUAAAGUCAUUGAUGACAGAAAGGCAUAUUCACAGACCUCUCCACCUUACAAAUUUGAGAAACCUCAAUGAUAAAAAUACAGGUUAUAUUACAAACCUAUUGAUGUUUUAAUUACUUUAAAACAUCUCUACAAAAGAUUAAGUGAAAAUAAGUGGACUUCAAUUUGCAGUGAAAGGGAAGGGAGGGGAAGGAAAAUAACGGUUGAAAUCACACAGCAAAAACUAGUGUGUCUGAUUGGCUCCAAAGUCCUUAUGUCAUCUUAAUCUACCACACUUUUUAUACGAAUCAUGGGAAGAAUUCCCUCAAAGAGGUACUAAAUAAACCCUGUUAUGGAAAGUCAUGAAAAAAUAGAAGUGUUAGCUGUAAGAGGCAGAAUAGCCUACUUUAAGAACUUGGCUCCUAUGGUCAGAUUGGUUGGGUUCAAAUUCCAAUUCUAUCACCCAGAUAAGUUGUCAUCUACUGUGUUAUUGUUCCAAAUAUUCUCUCCUCCUUCCCAGUGAGAGGAUUACCCUUCUCCACCUGACUGGCAUCAGGUUUGACCAUAUGACCUGCCUUGGCCAAUAAAAUGUGAAGUCUGAACAGAAAUGUGAAGAGCCACUGCAUAUUCAGCCAUUGAUCAUUUUUCCUUCAGUCAUGAGAAUAUCAUGUCCCUGAUAGAUGGUAUUCUUUUAUGGAACAACAUGGGCUAGGGUCCUAGUCAAGCUGUGAAGGACAUGUAACAAAAGGGAGAAAUAAACCUUUGUGGUUGAAUGCCAUGGAGAUUUUUUUGUUGAUUCAUUAAGCUAACUAGUACACCAAUUUUGUUAGCCUGGAGACAUCUCUCUCUGAUUCACUUUCCCUUUUUUAUAAGAUUUAGUGAUUUGGUGAUUAAAUAAAUUAAUGUAGAUAAAGUACCUAAACCAGAGCAGAGCUGGUAAAUAUUUCUCUGAAGAGGAAAAGUUUUGAUCCAUUAUGUUUGUCAAUUUCCAUGGGGAUAAAUUCUUCUUUCACAGCUGAUUCCAAGCUACUAUCAUGAUGCCACUGAGUGGAGAUUUGGAAAGAGGUACACAAAUUGGGCUUUCAAGAGUAGGGUCUGGCUCCAGCCCACAGAUGAAUUUAGAAUAGUGCACGAAGCAAACACUUAUCCAAGCAUAUCAAAUAGUAAGCACUAUAGAAGAGUUUAAUGAAGACAGGUGACUGAAUGGAAUUGCUUGUUAAAUCCCCUUUUAUUCUUAAGAUUCUAUGUUUGGAAGGCAACUCAGAGAAUUCAGCACUGGAGGUAAACUUGGAGGUACUCUGCUAUAUCCAUUUCAUCGUGAUAGACAAGGGAAUUGGGGUUUAGAGAGUCUGGGUAGCUUGCUAAAAGUUAUCCAGUCAAUAAGAAAAAACACCAGGACUCUUGGUGUACAGUACACCCUUUUCCCUUCCAACAUGAAACACUUCUUUUUAAAAAUUGCUUUGGAGGGGUGCCCGGGUGGCUCAGUUGGUGAAUCUCUUGAUUUUGGCUCCAGUCAUGAUCUCACGGUUCAUGAGUUCCAGCCCCACAUUGGGCUCUGUGCUGACAGUGUGGUGCUUGCUUGGGAUUCUUUCUCUGUCUCCAUCUCUCUCUUCCCCUCCUGUACUUGCACUCUCUCACUCUCAAAUAAAUAAACUUUGAAACUAAUAAAAAUUCAAUGGAAAGGCUCAAGAUAGAAAGGAAAAAGGGUAAAUAGGUAAUGCCUCUUAUCUUUUCUCAAUUUCUGAUUAGUAAUAAUAAUAACAAAAUAUUAAAAUUGAAUCCUGGUCAUAUUUAUUGAUAAUCCUGGUUUUAGGUAUGUGAUUUUGAGUCAGUUUUGAGGAAAGUUGUCGUUAGGAAAAAAUUUUAAUAGCAUAUAGUUGUCAUGUAUAAUAUUGAAAAAGUGAUAAUUAUUAGAACUGUAAAUAUUACAAAUCAUUGAAAUGUCUAAGGGUGGUUAUUUUGAUUAUUAAAAUGAGUGCAUCAUCUCCUGGCACAGCCCAGUAAUAUCUCCUCCUAAAAAUAUUGCAGUAUAUCCCCAUGCAGAAUACUCCCAAAUUAGUACUUUUCAGACCAAUAAUGCAGUGUGUUCAUAUUUUAAGGUAACAGUGAUUCAUUUUUUUUAACCAUAGUGGUUACUGGCUGUAACUGUGGAAUGCAUUGUCAUGGAAACCACACCCCCCUUCUUCUGCCCCUUUUCAAUUCACCCCAGAGCUAUUAUUGAGAAACAGGAAUUAAAGGAAAGCAUUUCGUCAGAUGCAUGUGAACAGAUAUAACACAUACACACAUAUACAAACAAAUACACGUGUGUGUAUAGAGAUAAAUGAAUUCUCAUUGAUUAAAUUUAAACAAUAAGAUUAAAGAACUGAAAUACACAUUUUUCUUUGUAUAUUGCCUUUGGCUUUCUCAGUCUAAACCAGCACAAACUGUAAAAUGGGAAAUAACUUGAACAUAGCAGCCUUUAAUGCUGCCCUAGAAUAGGAGGUCAGCCUUAGCUUGGGUAAUUCAUUAGGGAAAGACUGUGUUAGUUAUUAUUGGAACAUCACAAUAUAGAGCAUACAAUACUUUUGGGGUGUUUGAAAUCCAAAUUAUAGGCUAAUGAAUAAGGGAAAUAUUGUACAAUUUUUUUUUAGAAUCCAUUUGCCUUUGGAAAAACAGCCAUAAUUAUAGAUGCUCUGUAGGUGGAAGUGCUCACACAAUCACACAUUUUAUGGUAACAUAAAGGGAUAAAAUGAUAAGGGAUACACUUAAUGUGUGAAUGUGACUUUAGGAUUCACAGAAGGCACCAGACCAGAGUUCUGAUCCUAAAAUGUGAUCUGGUAUAUUUAAGCACAUAUAUAUUAGACCUCCUGAGCCCCAGCAGCCCCUAGAUGCCCAACAAAUUGAAUCAGUCCUGACUGCUAAUAGGGGAAUUGACAAGGUAAGGAUUCCUGUGCUUACUAUGAGACUCCCAAAGCCUGAGGCAUAGAUAGCUCCCUUCAGUUAGAACUAGAUUUGCCUCAACUUUUACUGUCUUUUUAUGGGGAUCUUUGCUCAUACUUUGUUCCAUGUUGAUUUCCCUUCAGGAGGUCUUAAUUUUGUAAGCAGUACCCAUAUUCCUCUCACCAGAAGCCUGAGUAAAAAUGUUGAGUCCUUGAUAUCUUCCUGGCCUAUGGAAUGAUAACAUAGAGUUGAACCUAAGAAUCCCAAGGAGUUAUUCAAUCAGGUUUGGUUUCCAUUAACUUGAGACAAGAGGGGAGGGUAUUUUGGAUAUGGGCAGGUGAAAGAAAGUUUAUAGGGCACUGCAUUUGACUUGACAAUUUGCAAGUUGGUCUUUUGUUCCUAUUGGAACUUAUAAGUCUGAAUCAUAUGGUGGUAUUGGGGCUCAUUAAUUUAGAUAGAGCUCAAGUGAUCUGGUAUUCUCCUGGAACUGCAUUAGGGAGAUGUGUUGCCAGCAGAAUUUGCUAUGGAUAUUUAGGACUCUUUUGCUGGUAUAUUUCAAGCAGGAUCUCAGGGGAAUGCCCAAUCAGAGACUUUUGAAACUACCAUAUUCAUGUGAAUAUGACAGCCCUAACCCUUCUCAAAUAAAUCUGGAGUCUUGACAACAUGAUUCUGGAGAAAUAGGUGAAGUCUCCCAUGAUGUUGCUUUGUAAACUAUCUUCUGUCAGUUUGCUUUAAGCCAUCUUCAUGGUUUAUUGACUGUGUGGCUUGGGCAAGUGAUAUAUCCUCAGGGCCCCCGUUUCUUCCUCUGGAAAAAUGUGUCCAAUAAUAUCUCUCUCUCUCUCAGGCUAAGACAUGAGACAGGCUGUGUAAGUAAAGAGAGGUUCUAGGUACCACCAGGACUUACCACAGGAAUUUCCUUAUUGUCUAGUUUUCAUGACAACCCUGUAAGGUAGAAGUUAAUAGCAUCACUUCACAGAUAAGCAGAGGCUCAAACAGUGUUAAGUGAUUGACACAAAGCCACUCAGCACCAGUGACAGAGUGUAAUUCAAAUCCUGAUGUCAUCCUUUGUUUCCAACCAUCUGUGAGGCAAAAUGCCAGGCACUCAGGUGGCACCAAAAGGGUGCUAGUUUUACCCACUUCCUACUCUUCUACAUCCCUCCUAACUUUUUUUUAUUUUUUUUUAUUUUUUGGUCUUCAAUAAGCAGUUUUGCAGCUGGGCCAGCCACAUGCUGAAAUUUUUUUUUUUUUUUUUUUGUCUUUUGCAAUUUUGAUAGCCUCACUUUAAAAAGGAAGAAAAAAGAAAAAAAAAAGAAAAGAAAGAAAAAACCAGUAAAGCAUAUCCACCAGUCUUGCCAUUCAUACUUCCAGAACAGCAUAGAGACUUCUGGGGCUUUUCUGAGCCUCUAAGACAUCAAGGUGGGGAAGGGGCUGACUCUUUAUUUUUGAGUUUGAAAAAUGUUAUAUCAGAAAAAAACUUGAUUAUGAGGAAGAUUCUACCACCUAGGGAGUGAGUCAGCUCCCUGACCCAGAAGUCAAGGGCAUAGGGUCCCAGCAAAAUCAUUUUCAGUACACUUCUACCCCAGAUCCCUUUGCGGGCCAUCAACUCAGGCACACCAGUAUCAGAGGGCCAGCCUGGAGGAUGCACUCAGCAGGGUUCACAAGGGCCUCCCCUUCUUCAGAGCUCACCCUCGGAGGUGACCUAUUCUGGAGGCAUCAGCGAUAGGGGUUCAGUGUGGCCUCGGGUCACAUAACACUGGAGCCCUCUUACACCAACCGCAGAGACUCUUAGGUGGUACAGAGCGCGCCGAGGGCUGAGCUAGGCUGGGAGCACCUUGCUCCCUCCCUCUGCCGGCCCCUCCCUUCCACCCCACUUGCCCGGCCAGCGCUCCCCACGGUGACUCUGGAUUGCAGCAAGCCACUGGCUUUUUACCAAAUCGGGAGCUGCAGUAUUUUUUUUUUUUUUCCUUUUCCUUCAGAGAGAAUUAUUUCAGCCCCCUUCAGCUCGCAUGACAAUCUUGUGUGACUGGGGCGAGUAGGCGGGCACAUCCUUUUACAUGCUAAUACUGCCCCACCUCCUUUGAACCCUCCUCUAAGCGCCUAGCUCCUUUUUAUUUUUAUUUUGUAUUUUUUUUAAUUUUUUAAAAUUUUACCCACCCUAAAUUCACCAUAGAAGGGGGGGAAACCCUUCUCGGUUCUGUCCCUCCCCCCACGCCUCAUUCCCCAGGGAAGGGAGACCCCGAACGCUUGUUACUUGCCCGCGUUGCUUCUACCCAGGCGCCGGGAUGGCCGCGCAGGGCGCAGGGGGCAGCUAUCGGAGCGGCUGCACGGUCUAGGCUGUCACUCCAUGUGCCCGGCGGCGAGCACCGUGUUCGGGUCCCCAAGCGAGCUGCCACUGCCGCAGCUCGAAAGGAAUGUCCCCUGUUGUUAAGGACCCUGACUGUUUUACCCCAAUGAUUUGCCACUGCAAAGUUGCUUGCACCAACAACACUUUGUCGUUGAUGUUUGGAUGCAAGAAGUAUCGAUAUCAAGAUGAGGACGCUCCGCAUGAUCAUUCUUUACCUCGACUAACCCAUGAAGUAAGAGGACCUGAGCUGGUGCAUGUGUCAGAAAAGAACCUGUCUCAAAUAGAAAAUGUCCACGGAUAUGUCUUGCAGUCUCACAUCUCUCCUCUGAAGGCCAGCCCUGCUCCUAUAAUUGUCAACACAGACACUUUGGACACGAUUCCUUAUGUCAAUGGGACAGAAAUUGAAUAUGAGUUUGAAGAAAUUACAUUGGAAAGGGGGAAUUCUGGCCUGGGAUUCAGUAUUGCUGGAGGGACAGAUAAUCCCCACAUUGGAGAUGACCCUGGCAUAUUUAUUACGAAGAUUAUACCGGGUGGUGCUGCAGCAGAGGAUGGCAGACUCAGGGUCAAUGAUUGUAUCUUGCGGGUGAACGAGGUCGAUGUGUCAGAGGUUUCCCACAGUAAGGCCGUGGAAGCCCUCAAAGAAGCGGGCUCUAUUGUCCGGCUGUACGUGCGUAGAAGACGCCCCAUUCUGGAGACUGUCGUGGAAAUCAAAUUGUUCAAAGGACCUAAAGGUUUAGGCUUCAGUAUUGCAGGAGGUGUGGGGAACCAACACAUUCCCGGAGACAACAGCAUUUAUGUAACUAAAAUUAUAGAUGGGGGAGCUGCACAGAAAGAUGGAAGGUUGCAAGUGGGAGAUAGACUGCUAAUGGUGAACAACUACAGUUUAGAAGAAGUGACUCAUGAAGAGGCGGUAGCAAUAUUGAAGAACACAUCUGAUGUCGUUUAUCUAAAAGUUGGCAAACCCACCACCAUUUAUAUGACUGAUCCUUAUGGUCCACCUGACAUUACUCACUCUUAUUCUCCACCGAUGGAAAACCAUCUACUUUCUGGCAACAAUGGAACUUUAGAAUAUAAAACUUCCCUGCCGCCCAUCUCUCCAGGAAGGUACUCACCGAUUCCAAAGCACAUGCUUGUUGAAGAUGAUUACACCAGGCCUCCGGAACCUGUUUACAGCACUGUGAACAAACUGUGUGAUAAGCCUGCUUCUCCCAGGCACUAUUCCCCUGUUGAGUGUGACAAAAGCUUCCUUCUCUCAGCUCCCUACCCCCACUACCACCUAGGCCUGCUCCCUGACUCUGAGAUGACCAGUCAUUCUCAGCACAGCACGGCAACCCGCCAGCCUUCCGUAACUCUCCAACGGGCCAUCUCCCUGGAAGGGGAGCCCCGCAAGGUUGUCCUGCACAAAGGCUCCACUGGCCUGGGCUUCAACAUCGUGGGCGGGGAAGAUGGAGAAGGUAUUUUUGUAUCAUUCAUUCUGGCUGGUGGACCAGCAGAUCUGAGUGGGGAGCUCCAGAGAGGAGACCAGAUCCUAUCCGUGAAUGGCAUUGACCUCCGUGGAGCAUCCCAUGAGCAGGCCGCAGCUGCAUUGAAGGGGGCUGGACAGACGGUGACGAUUAUAGCACAAUACCAACCUGAAGAUUACGCUCGAUUUGAGGCCAAAAUCCAUGACCUACGAGAGCAGAUGAUGAACCACAGCAUGAGUUCUGGGUCCGGGUCCCUGCGAACCAAUCAGAAACGCUCCCUCUAUGUCAGAAAAGGACACAAAGCAAAAUCAGCAAAGGGAAAGGAGCUUGGGACAAAAUCCAGAGGAAACUGGGCGCAAGCUUCCAAGAGCCUUCUCCCAGUGGAGUCACAUGGGACAUGCCUAAUUCCUCCAGCAACAAAUUGUGACAGCAGAGCCAUGUUUGACUAUGACAAGAGCAAGGACAGUGGGCUGCCAAGUCAAGGACUUAGUUUUAAGUAUGGAGAUAUUCUCCAUGUUAUCAACGCCUCAGAUGAUGAGUGGUGGCAAGCCAGAAGAGUCACACUGGAGGGGGACAGUGAAGAGAUGGGGGUCAUCCCUAGCAAACGGAGGGUGGAAAGAAAGGAGCGUGCCCGGUUGAAGACAGUGAAGUUUAAUGCGAAACCCGGAGUGAUUGAUUCAAAAGGGUCAUUCAAUGACAAGCGUAAAAAGAGCUUCAUCUUUUCACGAAAAUUCCCAUUCUACAAGAACAAGGAGCAGAGUGAGCAGGAAACCAGUGAUCCUGAACGAGGGCAAGAAGACUUCAUUCUUUCUUAUGAGCCUGUCACAAGGCAGGAAAUAAACUAUACCCGGCCAGUGAUUAUCCUGGGUCCCAUGAAGGAUCGGAUCAAUGAUGACUUGAUAUCUGAAUUCCCUGAUAAAUUUGGCUCCUGUGUGCCUCAUACUACGAGGCCAAAGCGGGACUAUGAGGUGGAUGGCAGAGACUAUCACUUUGUCAUUUCCAGAGAACAAAUGGAGAAAGAUAUACAAGAGCACAAGUUUAUAGAAGCUGGCCAGUACAAUGACAAUUUAUAUGGAACUAGUGUGCAGUCUGUGAGAUUUGUAGCAGAAAGGGGCAAACACUGUAUACUUGAUGUGUCAGGAAAUGCUAUCAAGCGGUUACAAGUUGCCCAGCUCUAUCCCAUUGCCAUCUUCAUUAAGCCCAAAUCUCUGGAACCUCUCAUGGAGAUGAAUAAACGUCUAACAGAGGAACAAGCGAAGAAAACCUAUGAUCGUGCAAUUAAGCUAGAACAAGAAUUUGGAGAAUAUUUUACAGCUAUUGUCCAAGGAGACACCUUAGAAGAUAUAUAUAAUCAAUGCAAGCUUGUUAUUGAAGAGCAAUCUGGGCCUUUCAUCUGGAUUCCCUCAAAGGAGAAGUUAUAAAUUAGCUACUGCACCUCCAACAAUGACAGAAGAGCAUUUAGAAGAACAAAAUAUAUAUAAUAUACUA